CGCGCCUUCCCGUGCCCGCCCUUCCGCUUCCCGCCCGUCCCGGCGCUGCCGCCGCCCCGAGUCUCUGAGGGAAGGACGCCCGCGGGGCUCCCCAGCCGGCCGCCAGGAUGUCGUACAUGCUGCCGCACUUGCACAAUGGGUGGCAGGUGGACCAGGCCAUCCUGUCGGAGGAGGACCGGGUCGUGGUCAUCCGCUUCGGGCACGACUGGGACCCCACGUGCAUGAAGAUGGAUGAGGUCCUGUACAGCAUCGCCGAGAAGGUGAAAAACUUUGCUGUUAUUUAUCUUGUGGACAUCACUGAAGUACCAGACUUCAACAAGAUGUACGAGUUGUACGAUCCCUGUACCGUCAUGUUUUUCUUCAGGAACAAACACAUCAUGAUUGAUUUAGGUACAGGUAAUAACAACAAGAUCAACUGGGCAAUGGAGGAUAAGCAGGAGAUGAUUGACAUUAUAGAAACUGUUUAUAGAGGAGCCCGCAAAGGUCGAGGUUUGGUGGUAUCACCGAAAGAUUAUUCCACUAAAUACAGAUAUUGAUGUUUCUUUGGGCUGCCUUUUUUCAUAAUCCUACGUCCAGUUAAAUUUAUUCCUGUGUAUGUGUGUACAUAAAUGUAUAUUAAAAGGAAAAAAAAAAACCUACAA